AUCAUCCGUCAUCUCAUCCAAGCAUUGGGCACGCUCCAAGGUGUCUCCAGUUCAUAUAAAUCUUAAACAGCGUCGAAAGGAAAGAGCUUUUAAUUUCUUAGAGAGCUAAAGAGAAACGAAGAAGAUGGGUCAACACAUUUUGUUAGUGGUAGUGUAUCUGGUAUCGAAUUUUGUAUUGUUGAAGAGCCAACAAACUCCCGAUUUGAAUCUUCACUCGUUCAUGACAAACGAAGAAAUGGCGCAUUACUUGGAAACAAAGUCACGUGAUGACAUUCCAGAGUAUGACGUUAUAUCAUUAUCUCCGCACAAAACCAAACGGAGCACACACCAAGAUGACGACAAAARAAUCUACAAAAUGUCAGCCUUUGGUAAAGAUCUUCUUCUUGAUUUACGGCAGACAACGAGCUCUAUCAGACCUUCAGGGAUCUUGGUGCAACAACGAACGAAGGAUGGGCGUCUGAAAGUGGAAGUUUACAAACCGGAAGGAAACUUUUUUCAUGGCCACGUGGUGUCGGAUCCAGGUUCUAGAGUUGCGCUGAGGGAGACUGGCGACAAAGGAGAAUUGUGCAAGGAAUGCCAAAGAUCAAUUCUCAUCGAAGUAAACGCAGAGUCAACACCCCCCUGAAGCCAAAGGUCGUAGAACUGAUGUUGACUGCAGACAGACCCACCUAUGAAUUCUAUGGAAACAGGACGAUGAGCUACCUUGUCAAUCUGGCGAACAUGGUUAACCGCCUUUACCGGGAUGCUUCAAUGGGUUUCAACAUAUCGGUAGUUUUGACAAAAAUCUUCAUUAUCCAGGGUAUUGAGCCAGGUUUGGACUAUAAGACCCUUAACAUCAAAAGUGCUGUUGCCUAUCUACAGAAGUUCGCWAGCUGGGGAUCCAAGCAUAGCUUCAGGCUUCCCGCUGCUGCACCUGGCCACUUCGAUAAUGCUGCACUUAUAACAAGGCGUCUCUGUGGCACUGUUGACUGUCACUUGGGUGGAGUCGCAUAUUCUGGUUAUCCGUGUAACCGUAACCUAGGAUUCAGUGUUAACUAUGCCAGCGGAUUGCAAGCAGCCUUUUCGGUUGCACAUGAAAUGGGACAUAAUUUAGGACUAGGUCAUGACCAUAAAGAAUGCGCUGGAGGGUUUAUCAUGAGUGCAGGUAAACCCCAUGGACCCAAUGCUUUCAAAUGGUCACAUUGUAGCGCUAGAGAUCUUCGCGCCAUCAUGAGUCGAACAAAGUGUUAUGAUGACAUGCCAGCGAUUAGAGUACCGAUGCCCAAGUACCCUCCUGGAUAUCUAUACGAUAUGGAUAAACAGUGCAAGAUGGUAUUUGACUCAUCUGUCUCAAGUUGCCCCGUUAUGAAGGAAAAUUGUGGUCUUCUUUUCUGUCUCAAAGGCUCUUACUGUUUCAGCCAUUCUUCCCCGCCUCUCGAUGGCACACCGUGUGGGAAAAGAAAGUGGUGCAUGCGUGGUAAGUGUGUUGCUGUUGGUAAUGGUCUUCCACCAUCUGUCGAUGGUCACUGGAGCGACUGGCAGCACUUUACUCCCUGCACAAGACCUUGUGGUGGUGGGGUACGCUAUCGAGUGAGAUAUUGCAACAAUCCAAGUCCUCAGUAUUUUGGCAAACCUUGUGUUGGUCAAGACAAGGGCGAAGAAGAAAUAUGCAAUCCCCAGGAGUGCCCAACCCCAAGUGACCCAAGAAAAGAGCAAUGUAUAAAAAAAGGAAGGAAGCAUUCCUAUUAUCAUUCUCCCUCUCCAUGUGUGCUGUAUUGUAUACAUGGACAAUUCGCCAGAGGACAUGGUUAUGUUACUGAUGGUACCCCAUGCAACCCAAACAAAGAUAACAAAGACGUUUGCAUAAGAGGACAGUGUCGUAGAGUUGGCUGUGACAAUGUUCUGGAAUCAGAAAACCCUUACGAUAGAUGUAAAAAGUGUGCCGGUGAUGGGAAUAGUUGUAGAAGAAUCUCUCUAAAAUACACUAAAAACUACACUGUAUAUGGACGUAAAAAACCAGAUGUAAUGUUCACUAUCCCUGUUGGAGCAAAGGAAGUCAUGAUAAAAGAACUUAGAAACACUUUAAAUUUUAUAAGUCUCAAGCUCGAUCCUGCUCCAUCCAGCCCAUUCUUGUUUAGAGUCCCUAGCCUUACAACCACCAUCAACGCAGCAGGAACUGUAAUCAAGCACUACAUGACUGACUACACGAGCGAAGAGUGGAUUCAUAUACAGGGACCCACCACACAGCCACUCUAUGCUAUGUUCAUUUAUGGUGGCAAAACCCCAAAUCCAGGGAUUUCUUGCAUUUACGUCGUUCCUGGAAAAGGACGCAAGACACAGUACGUGUGGAAAGUUUCACGAGGAAACAAAUGCAGCGCUGAUUGUGCGGGAGGUGAAAAAAAACAUAUCAUUACAUGUCAUCGACAAGACGACGGCACUGCAGUAGGAAUCCGAUUCUGCGAUCAGAACACGAARCCCCCGUCACGCGAGUCAUGCAACACCCACCCAUGUGCUCCUGUAUGGAAGGUUGGUGACUGGAUGAUGUGUUCCAAAAGCUGCGCUGGUGGUCAGGAGAGACGCUCAGUGCAAUGCCAACAGAAGGUUGCUCAGGACACUUACGUAAUUUUGCCAGACUCUUCUUGUCACCAGCCACAACCCAGUUCAGUCAAGCCGUGUAAUACCCACCAAUGUCCACCCUACUGGAAGAAAGGUCAAUGGAGUAAGUGCUCUGCUGAAUGUGGAGGAGGCACAACAAACCGCACAGUAACAUGUGAACAAACAUUGCUCAACUCUUCCAUUGUCAGCCUGAACGAUGUAAAGUGUUUGAAAGAGAUUGGCUUGAAACCAGCUGAAAGAAAAGAUUGCAACACCAUGGAUUGUCAUGUUUGGGAUAUCAAAUACUCUUGUAAAGUGUGCACGGCGACUAAAGGGUACUACCACGUUGGUUGCUAUGGCGACAAGAGUACAAGAGCCCUCCCAACGUUACUAUCGGCAUAUCUACAAGGUGAUGUGAUCACCAACUGCUACGAAUUAGCCAAAAGAAAAGGCUAUAAGAUAUUUGGCGUUCAAAAUGCAGUUGAAUGCUGGACUUCGCGAACUGGAAAUGAUACCUAUGACAAGCAUGGGACGUCUACACUAUGUCAGAAUAAUCGCGGGGGACCGUGGGCCAACGAUGUUUAUAACAUCGUUCAAGAAAAAGACUACAUUCGCAUUGGCUGCUUUAAGGACAAACACAUCAAAGCAAAGCGCCCGCUACCCAAGCUUUUGGACAACCUUAGAGACCACAUUGAUUGGAAGGAUAUCUCCAAGACUAUCGAGGAAUGUUCGGAAGAUGCUUGGAGAAAUGGACUUCCUGUGUUUGGGUUGCAGUAUUAUGGUGAAUGCUGGUCAGGACCGCUAGGACACAAAAGCUAUGACAUAGAUGGCCCCAGUGGAGGAUGCUGGGAAGGUGUGGGGACAAGUGGAGCAAACUAUGUGUAUGCGUUCUCUCGUAAGGUUGUUCGACCAACCAUCACUUGUCGUCACGUGGUCAGGAGCAUUAAAGUCCCGGAUAGCCAAUGCAAAACAACGAAACCUAAACCGGAACUGAGAAAGUGCAACGAAGUUUGCAAAACUGGACAAUAAUUACAGUGUAACUUGAAAAAAUGUAAAGCUCUCUAAACGUCGGCCAAGGCCAAGCAUCAUAAAAAAAGACAUUCUAAAUAUAAGAUGCAAAAUAUAUCAAUGCUAACUGAAUAAAGAUACUGGGUGCAUAGCUUUA